AUGCUCAAAGCCAUUGAACGCAAAGCCGCCGAAUUAGAACAAGAAGAACUAGAUAAGCCCCGGAAAAUGAGAGAAGAAGCUAUCAAAAGCGUAGAAGAUUAUCGCGAAGAAAACGAAAAACAGUUGCCCGAGAUUAAAAAAAUUAUUGAGAAAUUUACAGAAAAGAUUAAUAAUACUCCGGUUAAUGAUUUAUCUUCGGUUAUUGAAAAAGCAAUUAAACUCAUUGACGAAAAGAGAAAAAAUAAAGUUAAACCUAAUCCAGUCCGCGGAGAAAUGAAUCCUAAUGAUUUAAGUAAUUUAGACAAUAAUGCUUUAUUUUAUGGUGCUCCGCGAACCGGUAAAUCAGUUAUGACCGAAAAGUUAGCUUAUGAGGCUGAUAUUUAUCCCUUAGUAGUAGUUCAAGGUUCAAGUUUAACUCCUAAUAAGUCUAACAGAGAUGCUAAUGUCGAUGUCUUAUUAAAGUUCUUCUUCACUCUCAGUAGCAUAACCUAUGAUUUAGCAGAUGAUUAUGGCUUUGAGAGAGCAGAAAAUGGUGAAGUUAGGCACAUACUUUUCUUAGAUGAAGCCGACCAGAUAUGCACCAAUAAUUUUGAACGACCGAAAGAUGCUUCUACCGAAUUAACUUUUUUAAAAGAAUGCAUGGGAACCGGUAGAUUAAGUAAUCCCCUAUCUUUCAGUUGGACUCUAAAUGAAUUCAUAAGUUAUUCCGAUGAUGCUGGUAUCAGCUCUCAAUUUCCCCAACAUUGGAUAGAAAAUAAAACUUUAAAAGACGAAGAUAAUAAGUUAUACGACAGCAAGCAGUUAGAAAGCUUUGCGGGCAAGUUCGAAAACCCACGAAGUCCUAAAAUAGAGGAAGUUUUAGUUAAUGUGGAACAAACUAUGAAGUUAACUGCUAACAAAAUUAGCGAAGAUAUUAGCAAAGCCAUUGAUUCUCGCUUAAAUGAACUAAAUGAUACUGCCAAAGAUAUCAAGGACGAAAUUCAAACUGGACAAGACAAUAUGAACAGAGAUGUAGGAAGAGCACUCGACAGAAUGUCUCAACUCCUAUCUGAAAUAGGAGGAAAUAUAGGAAGCCGAGGAAGAAACCGAAGCCCUUGA